AUCCACAUGGGCUUCUUACGCUACGCCGCAAUCCUGGGUGUUGCUGCGAUCCUCAUUAAAUAUGGUAUGAAUCUGCUUUACUCAAAGCAUCCCCUUCAUUUUGGUGGAAAGGUGGACAGCAAGUAUAAAAGCGUACGGAAAGCCUUUGAGCAAAAUUUCAUCGAUGAAUUGGAAACAGAAGGUGCUUCUUUUGCAGUUUAUGUAAAGGGGCAAAAAGUAGUUGAUCUGUGGGGAGGUUACGCGGAUUUACAAGCAGCAAGGACUUGGAGGGAAGAUACAUUGAGUGUUGUAUUCUCGACUACCAAAGCCGUAGCUGCGCUUUGCAUCGCUGUAUUAGCCGAUCGGGGAAAGCUCAGUUACGAUGAUCUCGUAUCGAAGCAUUGGCCAGGAUUUGCUAAAAAUGGAAAAGAAAACAUUACCAUCGGAUGGGUAAUGUCUCAUAUGGCAGGUCUAUACUAUUUCGAAGAGCCUAUCACCAAAGAAAUGGCUACAAACCACAAUCUUAUGAGAGAGCUGAUCGAAAACGAAACGCCUAAAGUUCCACCAGGAACCAGCUUUGGUUAUCACGCAUACACUUUUGGAUGGCUUGUAGACCAAAUUGUGAGACAUACUGACGGGAAAAAAAGAGGAAUCGGACAGUUUCUGCGCGAGGAGAUCACUGGACCAAACGGAAUCGACUUUCAUAUUGGUCUUGAUCUGUCCGAGGAAUAUCGCGUAGCUCGUGCAGUUACAAUUGAGACCUCAGUAAUGAUUAAGGAGAUUCUCAGCAAUUAUCGUCAGGCCAUGAUGGUCUUAAAAUAUUACUUAUCGAGAACGGAAGUUCCUUGGAGCAAAGCUCUCAGCAACCCUUCUUGGAUGAAGUUGGCAUCGCCGUUUACGAUGAAUGAUCCGGAACAACACGCUAUGGAACAGGCAGCAGCGCUUGGAAUAGGAAAUGCACGAGCAUUGGCGAAAAUGUUCAACCUGCUCGUCACCAAAAGGUUAAUUAGCGAGAAGACGCUAGCAUUGCUCAAGGAGCCUGUGGUAAAUGGAACCGAUUACGUGAUGGAAAUGCAGAUGGCUUUCGGACAUGGUUUUAUCUAUCAUCCACCAAUCACUAGCGGAGGCAAUCCCAUCGCGGGACAUGCCGGUUAUGGCUGUCAGGAAGUGAACUUUGACAUAACAAACGGAGUCGCCAUCGCGUAUGUCACCAAUGGUUUGAAAUUGGGGAUGUUCGAGGACUGCCCCACCUAUUCACGGUUACAAAAAGCUGUGUACGACGUUCUACAAAAUUACCGGUCUUAAAACGAAAUGCAAGCAAGUGUUCUAUUUUUGUUUUCACUUCCGUACUGUAUUUUUUGUUACUCAGGACGCAUCAAAGCAAU